CUCUCUCUCUCGUCGUUCGUUCGUGCGUGCGUGCGCGCGUCCACCGACUGCGACGCGAGGAAAAGAAGAAAGGAAGCGGCACCAUGAACGCGCGUGAACACUCAUAGGAGCAUGUCGUGACGAGUGCCGUGACAACUUGUCGUCUUCUCGAGUGGAGAGAGAAAGAAAAAUAGAGGAAGAGAGAGAAAGUGUGAGAGAGAGAGAGAGAGAGAGACGUCGACGCCACCGUCGUCGUCGACGGCCAGCCCGUCGUCGUUUCUUCCCUCCGCCGCGUCUCUCCUCGUCCGUUCGCGGAUCCACCGUCGCGAAGGACUCGCCUCGGAUCGCCCUCGGGGGAUCAAUCACGGAAGUACCCGGAGAUCCCCGUUUCCGAGAGCCCGCGUCCUCCUCUCGCGCGCGGAGUCGACGGACGCGCGCGCGCGCGCGUUUUUCUCCCUGUGUGUACGCGCUGUCUCUCUUUCUCGCGCGCGAGCGAGUCGCGCCGCGUGUCGUGUGGCUCGCGCGGUGCAGCUACCUGCACUCUCUCUCCCUGUGUGUGCCUCUCUCUCUUUCCCUCCAUCUACAAAGCAGCGCGAUCGCGUGACUGACGACUACUGGAUGAUCGUGUGCUUCCACGAUUGGUGUCGGUUUCAAGGUCCUCUCUCCCAUGGGGCCGCAUACCCGAGCGUGACGGCAGCUUCUUCGGCAGGCAGCCAGGCGGACGAGAGGCAGCAGGCCAGGCACUCGGGUGGCCUUAGUUCCUAGACACCUGGGGCGAGCUGACGCGCGCGCACGCUUCCGGGCUGUGUUCGCGCGGGACUCCCGUCUCACCUCGUCCCCGCGAGAGUGUACCUCCACGAGGCGUACGGAGCACAGACGUGAGAGAGACUUCCAUAGAUGUCGGAACCACGUUCAACGGCUUCGAUUCACCGCAACCUCUCACGAUGCUGACCACAUAGCGCAUACCGUACCGCACCUACAAGGAUAACAAGGCUUGCAGACUUCCCGAGUAUACCAUGCGUGGCAAGGCGUAGGAUCCUCCUCUGGGUCUGCCGCCACCUAGAACCAACCAGAACACAUUUCAUGCAUACCCGGCUGCCACCUGCGCACCCGUGUUCCAUCGCAGCGCCAUCGACGAGCAGCGCGUCUCUCGUGGCCGAGAGCGAGCGAAAGAGAGAGAGAGAGAGAGAGAGAGAGCGAAAGCGAGAAAGACCAAAGAGACAGUAACGCUUCCCCUUCACUGAGCAGCAGCCGACGAAGAUGAACAGCAGGCUUGAGGAGACGGAGUCGAAGUGGACCUGCGAGUACUGCACGUACGCCAACUGGCCGUCGUCGCUGAAGUGCACCAUGUGCCGGGGCGCGAAGCCGCUAUUGGGGGAGGACAUCUACCGACUGCGCGACCCGAGUCCGCAGCGGGCCUCGUCCAACGUCGCCUCCGGCCCCGUGACCCACCACCACCAGCAGCAGCGCGCGAGUCCGAUCGUGAGCGACCCCGCUUACGCCCACAACUACAGCCAGAACGUGCCGUCCGCGGGCAAGUGGUCGUGCAGCAUGUGCACGUACCUCAAUUACCAGAACACCACGCGCUGCGUGCAGUGCGGCAACCGAAAGCCCGCCGUUAUCGCCGCCAGCGCCGGCGCGACCAACACCAUAAUCGCCGUGACGAGUACCACCACGACCAGCAGCAUCAGCACCAGCACCACCACCGCCGCCUCCGCGACCGGCGUGAUCGGCCAGUCGAUUCAUUCUUUGGCGUCGAAUCUGCACGAACACCUGGCGCCGCUGCGGCUCGCCGACGGUCCGCCCAACUCCGGCUCGAACAACUCGCAGUCCACGCCGGUGAUCAAUCUCCACCCCGAGCGGGCCUACUACAACGUGCAGCAGCAACAGCAGGCUAACAUACACCCGGAAAAGUGGUCCUGCCACGCGUGUACUUACGAGAACUGGCCCAAGGCCACCAAGUGCGUAAUGUGCGGCCAGCCUAAGGACAGGGAUAACAGACGGGACAACAGGUGCGCCGUGAGCAAUCUGGGGGUGCCGAGUCCGGAGAGGGACCAUGGCCAACAACGAGGCCUGCCUUCGCCGCCCCAUGCGCCUUACAUCCACCAGACCCAGCGGGAGGACAACUCCGCGAUAGGCAGGAGAGCGCCACACAGGUACACAGACAGUCGCAAUGACAGUCUGUCUACUCCUCAGUCCCCUAAUAACUGUGAUUACGAGCGCCGAUUGAAGCAGCUGAGACGUCACACCGAUUGGUGUUGGCUAAACGCCUGCCUCGGCAUCGUCGAGGGCGACAACACCCCCGUAGAAGCUUACCUGGCAAGUGGCGGCGACCCCGCUCGCCAAUUGACGCAUUCUGAGGCUUUACUCCUCAACAGAAGUAGUGCGUUUGACGUCGGGCACACCUUGGUGCACUUGGCUAUUAGGUUUCAGAGAGAGGAUAUUUUAGCUACGUUACUGUCGCAAAUAGAAGGCUCAGGCUCGGGAGUGAAGAGAGUACCGAGUUACGUUGCCCCUGAUCUGGCGGGUCAGAUACGCCGGCACGUCACCAACAGUAUACGCUUGCGGAAGGGCUCGUUUCCUUGUUAUUUUGUCACGGACAUGGCCACGUUUGCCUUACCAGCCGAGGUCGAGGACUUACCGAGUAUCGUGCAGGAACAAAUGCUGGAGGAAUUGUUAGACAAAGAGGCCCAACAGCAACUGGAAGGCGGCGGCGGCGAACCGGCAGCUUUAAAUUGGUCUCUGGAGAUUACCGAGCGAUUAGGCAGUCGUUUGCACGCUCUUUGGAACCGAUCAGCAGGCGAUUGCCUCUUAGACUCCGCCAUGCAAGCUACCUGGGGCGUCUUCGACAGGGACAACGCUCUGAGGAGAGCGCUCGCCGAUACUUUGCAACAGGCCGGGCAAUUCUUUUACCCCCGCUGGAGAGAAUACGAGGCGUCGCAGGCAUCUAGAAUGUUAGAUUUCACCUUAGAAGAAACGCAAUGGCAGGAGGAUUGGGAGAGCUUGCUGGCUACAGCUGCUCAGCCCGGCAGCGCGUUAGAACAAUUGCACGUAUUCGCUCUCGCCCACAUAUUGAGGCGACCUAUUAUCGUUUACGGGGUCAAGUACGUCAAGAGUUUCCGCGGUGAGGACAUAGGCUACGCGAGAUUCGAAGGCGUCUACCUGCCGCUUUUGUGGGAGCCCUCGUUCUGCAUUCGUUCGCCGAUCGCCCUCGGUUACACCCGAGGCCACUUCACGGCGCUGGUACCGAUCGAGCCUUACGCCUCGUCGCGAAUACCGCCUCUGCCGUCCCACCAUCACCACGGCGGCGGGAAUAGUCCGCUGGAGCAGCUACAGCUGCAGAUGCAGACAACGUUCAUGCCGCUGAUGGAUCGCGAGCACAAGCUCCUACCGAUACACUUCCUCAAUCCUGACGAGGUCGGCCGCGAGGAGUCUAUUUAUAAGGAAUGGCUCGACGUCUGCAGGACUGAGGGUGGUAUCCUCGUCGCCCAGCAGAAGCUCCACAAACGACCGCUGCUCGUGGCGCAAAUGCUGGAGGAGUGGCUGAAUCAUUAUCGUAGAUUAGCUCAAACCAACGACGCACCAUUCUCGAGACCACCGACAUUGCAGGAUUACAGCAGCGACGGCGAUACCGAGGACGAGUAGAAGCGAGGUAAUCCCACGCGUUGGGACUGUGACAUGAGAAGCAUCCUUUCGCAGAAAUUUCGUGGUGUUGUUUCAUUUGUUUUCCCGCCGGAACUCUCGGAGAGGACUUGGAAACUCCUCUCCUCUCUCCUUUCCUCUGUAUUUUAUUCAUUUUUGCUUUACGACAUGUACAGGAGCCUCGGGGACUCUCUGUAAUUUUAACGUAAAGAUCUCUAAAUAAAGUACAGGGGAGAAAGUUCCCGAACCCCUCCCCCUCUGCCCCCUCCUGCGAAGUACAUACUCUAAUGCAAUCGUGAGCCAAGCUGUACCACAUCCACACACCUGUGAAACAUGGAUGCUUCUCGGCGGAAUUAGGAUUAGGAAAGAGAGACGGGAGAUGUGCCCGCGUGAAAUACUUCGUCGGAUAACUCGAGCACCAUCGGGAUACCACCACGUCCAUACGUACAUAUACAUUCUCUCACACUGGCAAUGUACCGUCGUUAAAUCGAAUUCUCGAGCGCUGCAUAGAGGAGGUCGUGAGGUUCGUUGAGACUCGACGAGCCGGCACACGGAAGCUUUCGCAGAGUCGAUGAUUAGCUUGUUUUUGUUAUUUCUUUUCCGAGGGAUCUUUUCCCGACUGGUCAUGCUGAUGACUCGUCGAGCUCGCUGUCAGGAUGAAACGGUCGUUCCGAGACUACUCGUCUCGGCGAGGUGCGGUGAGCGCGAUGAUUAUCUUCUGUAGCCGGACGUUUUCGGGAUCGAGCGUGCGUUACUUCUUAAACAUUCAUUCAUUCGUGCGGCGCGAUUUUCUUGAUUUUCGUCCUUUCGCGGCAGAGGCAAAAGGGAAAAGAAAGAAACUUCGCUGGCCUCUUCUCCCUCCAGCAGUGUACCGAAUCUAGUUUCUCGAGAUGGAGAGAAGAGGGCGCGUCGAGUAUGUUAUAUAUUUAUAUAUAUAUAUGUAUAUGUAUAAAUAUCGAAAUGUUUUUGCGGUACGAUACGUACGAUUACGCGGGUAAGUGUUAUAUUAUAUAUAUGUAUACAAUUCAUUGCCAGUGACAUUUCGGGUUGAAAGUGUAGAGAACAUUCGUUUGUUACACGUCGGAUGUCGUUUUUUGCAUAAUAGAAAUUUAAUCUCUAGGCUAUCGAAGGCGGAAUAUAACAAUUUUUUCACAGAUAGUUUGUAAAGAUAUUAGUCUCGAACGAGAGAGUGCAAGAGAGGGAGAGAGAGUUUAACCUGUGUUUUAGAGCAAUUCCUCUCUUUUCCUCUCCCCCCCUCUCUCUCACUCUCUCUCUCUCUCUCUCUCUCUCUCUC